AUGAACCGAACACUCUUACUCGCUCUCAUACUCUUCACGGCGGCCACCAUCGCCGCAACAGACAACAACCUCACCUCCCGUCAGCCGUCAUGGUCAACCGCCGUGGAGGAGUCCGAUCUACUCCCAUCGGACGCCUCUGUUCCCGACUCCGACGGCGGUUUCUCUUCAAUGGACAGCAUGUUGCACUGGGCAAUAAGUCAUUCUGAUCCAGAAAAGUUAAAGGAAUCAGCACAGGUUCAUGAAGGAUUAUCACCUAGCGAACUUCAAAAGCGUCAAAUGGAAAUUAAAGAGUUAAUGGAGGGAACAAAAAUGUUAUCUGAUGCUGAAUUGAUGAAAAUUGCUAUAAGUGAUUUAAAUAAUGUGUCUAUAUCUUCGGUAGAUCGAUACCGAGCCUUGCUCGAGCUUCUCGAGCUUGUUGAACCAUUGGAUAAUGCAAAUGAUUUAAACAAACUUGGUGGCCUUUAUGCUCUCAAGCAAGAACUUGAUAACUCGGAUCCGGGUAUUAGGGCUCUUGCUGCAUGGGUUCUUGGAAAAGCUAGUCAAAAUAAUCCAACUGUUCAGCAGCAGGUCUUGGAACAUGGUGUACUCUCAAAGUUAAUAGUUAUGGUAAAAUCCGAUUCCAUUGAAGAAGGCAUUAAAGCAUUAUAUGCUGUUUCAGCUUUGAUUCGGAAUAAUUUAGCUAGUCAGGAAUUGUUCUAUGCUGAAGCUGGUGGUUUGAUGCUUCAGGAUAUUUUGAGGAAUGCAAGUAUUGAUAUCAAACUACGGAGGAAGGCUUCUGUGGUUGAUUUAACUGCCUCAACCGACCUCGAUCUCCAGGAAAAGGCACUUGUCGCAAUUAAGAGUCUCUUGCAACUAAAGGCCACUGAAGCUCGAGUUUUCAGGGACUUCUGUGGGUUAAGUGAUGCACUGAAUAGAAUGAAACAAUUGUUGAGUGAUUUGAUGACGGAUGAGGAUCAGAGCGACUAUGUAAUGGAUGUCGUAAAUGUUCUUAUUGAAGUGGAAAAUAUUUUCCAUAGAAAGCUGAUAAAGUAG